UUUGAUCGAUAGUUCCCCAAUCAAUACACGCAUAAAACCCGAUUGUUCUUCUUCUUUUCUCGAUCUACAAAAUUCAAAAGUCGAAAUUCAAUCAAACUGAUCAAAGUGUUACGAUUCUUUAGAUGGGUUUGAAGGUUAGAGCAGUAAACUGAUGUCAUUGUUUUGGAGUGUCAUCCGUCAACUAGCAGAAAUUGAAGCCAUGGCUACUUCAAAGAAGGUAAUAACAAGAGAUGAAUGGGAGAAAAAGCUUAAUGAUGUUAAAAUCCGAAAAGAAGACAUGAACAAAUUGGUUAUGAAUUUUCUUGUCACUGAGGGAUAUGUUGAUGCAGCAGAAAAGUUCCGAAUGGAAUCUGGAACAGAACCGGAUAUAGAUCUUGCAACCAUUACAGAUCGUAUGGCUGUUAAAAAAGCUGUUCAGUCAGGGAACGUUGAAGAUGCAAUUGAAAAGGUUAAUGAUUUGAAUCCUGAGAUUCUAGAUACAAACCCACAGCUAUUUUUCCAUCUGCAGCAGCAAAGGUUGAUUGAAUUGAUUAGAAAUGGAAAGAUUGAAGAAGCUCUGGAAUUUGCACAGGAGGAGCUUGCUCCAAGGGGAGAGGAAAAUCAAAGCUUUCUAGAGGAAUUGGAGAGAACAGUUGCCCUGCUGGCAUUUGAAGAUGUGAAGAAUAGCCCUGUUGGAGAUCUUUUAGACAUAUCUCAACGUCUAAAAACUGCAAGUGAGGUCAAUGCUGCAAUCCUUACAAGUCAAAGCCAUGAAAAAGAUCCGAAGCUGCCAAGUUUAUUAAGAAUGCUUUUAUGGGCUCAAAAUCAGCUUGAUGAAAAGGCAGCUUAUCCACGCAUCACAGAUCUUUUCACAGCCACACUUGAAGACCCCGCUGUUUGACUUUGAUUUUGACUUGGUCAAACUACUUAAACAUUUGUUACUUGCAAAUUCCAGGUUUUCUUGAAAUGUGUGUGUGUGUUGCCAUCUUUAAAAUCCUUUAGUUGUAAACACAAUUGUUAGUGGCCUGUGAUCUCUUGUAAAAUGAAGUGGAGUUUCUAAAUGAUUUUGAAUGUUAACAAGUC